AGAAGACGAUAACAAAACAAAGAGAGUGGCUUUAUCUAUCGUUUUGUCCUGCCAUCUGCUUCUCUCUUCCGGUAACUUUCUCGGAAAACCUCUGUUUCUUAUCUGUUUCGGAGGUUCUUCAGUGAGUUCUGUGCUUAAGGAUUGUAAAGUUGUUGACUUUUCACAAAGAACUAUGAUGGGUUUCGUCGAAGAUUCCGUUUUGCUAACUUAGAUUACAGUCCAAACAAUGUUGAGUUUGAUUCAUGUCCUUGAUGAGCUCGUCUUUGGUCUUAUGCCACUGCUUAUCAUUCACUAGCCAACACUCAGUUCUUGCUUCAUCUCCAACCUCUCUUGGUUAUAAUCGCUUUCAAUCAAUUUCGUUGCGGGGUGAGAGAAGGAAGAAGCUUUGGAGAUUCGUUCCCAGUGCGGAGAAGGAGGAUAGUCACACGGGUAAUAGCAAGAGGAGAAGAAGCUGGUGGCAGAGGUUUUUCUUUGACGAUGAUGGGAACUGGCUUGGUUUGAGGGACGACGACAUCGUUGACGAGACGGCUGAGCUUGAGAAGGAUGAUGAGAUGUCUGAUGAAGAGAAAUUCGAGACGUGGAAGAGACGUGCAGAGGCCAUCGUGGAGCUACGGGAAGGUCAGGAGGAGAUUGGUGAUAAUAAUGUUGGGGAUGUGAGCAAGAAGUGGGAGGAUUGGAUUGUGGAUUCAGACGACAGUUUAGUCGAGUCUUGGAGCCGAGGAGACGAGGGAAGUGAAGACAGAUCAGAGCUUGAUGAGUUGACUGUUCCGGAGAGAGGGUUGGUUAAAAUGGUGAGGGAUAUGGUUUUAGGAGUAGAGGAGGAAGAUAUUCUAUACGAAGACCGUGUGUUUCGUUAUGCAUCUUCAAAAUCGGCAAAGUUUUUGGCGGUGUUGAUCCUCAUACCAUGGGCAUUAGACUUUCUAGCUCAUGAUUAUGUACUCAUGCCUUUCUUAGACAGAUAUGUAAAGACUGUACCACUUGCUGCCCAUACGCUUGAUGUGAGACGUAGUCAAAAGCUAGAGAUGGUAAAGGAACUGAACAGAGAAAAAGCUAGGUACCGUCUUGAAGUGGAGAUUGGCAAAACUCCUCCUCUUUCUGAUGGUGAUUUAUGGUGGGAGUUGCGUGGUAAAGCCUUGGAGCUGCGAGAGGAGUGGAGAUUAGAGAACCGGAAAGCAUUUGCCAACAUAUGGUCUGAUAUGGUGUUUGGGAUCUCGCUGUUCGUUCUUUUGUACGCCAAUCAGGGUAGAGUAGCCUUGUUGAAAUUUACGGGAUACAAGAUCAUAAACAACAUUUCAGACACAGGAAAAGCAUUUCUCAUCAUCCUUAUCACCGACAUAUUCUUGGGGUACCAUUCUGAAUCUGGAUGGGAGACAUUGUUAGAGAUAAUAAUGGAGCAUUAUGGUCUUGAAGUUGAGCAAUCUACCAUAACCAUUUUCAUCUGCCUCGUUCCCGUUGUUAUUGACGCUUGUGUUAAGCUCUGGCUGUUUAAGUUCCUUCCAAGACUGUCUCCGAGAGUUUCCAACAUUUUCCAGGAGAUGAAACGUCAUUAAGUAGUAGUAUCCACCAUUAAAACCCUCCUCUUAAGUACUCUGUUGCUAUGACACAAACCAUUCUUCAGCUUCAUUUAAUUUCAGAUCCACACAUAAGACAUAGGCUAUUUUUGUCAUCUUGAUUCUUUUUUUGCUGAAUUGUCGGUGAAAAAAUUGAGAGAACAUGGUCUGUGGGCUCUCGCAACAGUACCUUGUCAUGUACACAAUAAACACAUUAAACAAACCUACAAAAGAAUCCCUUUGGGCUUUGGCUUUA